AUGUGUCCAGCACUCUUCAUCGGUGGAGGAGCACAGGAGCAGCCAAUGUGUGGACCAUUGUCUUCUCUACAGACCACAGCCCUGGAGUUCAGCUCCUCCUGCGUCCUGCUCCCCGCCCUCUUCUACCUCACCAUCCUGGAGUUUGUCCUGCCCCUGCUGGCCGUGGUGGGCUUCACCCUGCGCGUUGCGUGUUUUCUCUCCUGCACCCACGGCCCGAUGACUCAGCAGAGCAGGGCGAGGAGGGCCAGGGCCAUCAGGCUUCUAGCCACAGUCCUCGUGGUCUUCACCGUUUGUUUCACACCCUUCCAUGUCCGUCAGGUGUUGGUGUAUUUCCGAGUCAAAGUCGGGGAGGGAGGGCUGCGGGGUCAAGGUGCGGCACACGUGCUGGCCUAUCACAUCACAGUGACUCUGAGCAGCCUCAACAGCUGCCUGGAUCCAGUGGUGUACUGCUUUGUGACGGACAGCUUUAAGAGAGUGUGGAGGAGACGGAGAAGAGGUUGGACUGAAGGGGACGCUCUCACAUUCGGUGGAGAGGGAGACAGGAACUCAUAUAAUAAAUGUCCUGGCAUGGCAUUGGCCAUAGUCCACAGUGUGGCCGCCCUGCCUCUGACCACUGCACCACUGUCUGCACUCACUGUGGUGCAGUCUGUGUAG